AUCUUGAGGGCUUAUUUCUAAUCCAUUGUAGUUUCAGUGUGGGGGCACUGGCCAUAUAGAAGUUUCUCACGCGCAACAUGACUUCUGGUGGGAGGAGUUUGCUGUUGCAGAUACAGUUUGAUACAUCUUAGUAAAUUUGAAAGGACGCUCUUUUACGUCAAACAGCUGUGGGUGAUACUAGUGCCCUAAAGACAGAUUUUAAGGGGAUUUUUGAAGAUUCUCGAACAAGCCUCGUUCUAUAUAUAUAUUUGUUAUUUUUUUUCCCGCAAGCAACAGGGUGGCGAGACACGUGUUUUCGAAUCCAUCGAAACUAAAAGUUUGAUGCUGGAUGUUCGAUUCUCUAAGUCAUGUUUGGCUGGAUCCAUGGACUUGCCUGACAGACCCGACAGCUAACCUGUCAUCGAAUGUCAAACAGUGGUGACUGUACUUUGUGCAUUUGCAGUGCAUGCAGAGCCACACAAGCUGUGAAACCUUCUCCAAGCAACAGUUGUUCUGCGUAUGACUUCCCCGCAAGCCGUGCAAGCGUGGUAGAAAAGAAAGAGAAAAACUAACACACAAAGAUUUAGUGGUGGAUGGUUUCAACUACUGAAAGAAGUUCUCUUACACGCAUCUGAAGACCACCACGCAAUCAUUUGUUGUGGACUGUUCCACUGAUUCUCCUUGUCUGCUGCCAUGGAGGCGAGAGGAAAGUAUGACUUCAAUGGCACAGCUGAGGACGAGCUCAGCUUCCGGAAAGGAGACAUCCUAAAGAUCCUAGGUGCCCAAGAUGACUGGUUUAAAGCAGAGCUUCAUGGCCACGAAGGAUUUGUGCCCAAAAACUAUGUUGACAGACAGACUCCCAGCUGGUUCCAGGAGACUGCCAGUCGGGGCGCAUCAGAGGACAUCCUGAAGGCCCGGGAGGUGGGGGGGUUCCUUAUCCGCGUCAGUCAGAAUAACCCAGGAGACUUCUCUAUCUCCGUCCGGCAUGAAAGCGAUGUCCAGCAUUUCAAAAUCAUGAGGGAGAACAAGGCCAAGUACCACAUAUGGAGCGUGAAGUUCAACUCCCUGAACGAGCUGGUGGAGUUCUACAUGAAAAACAGCAUCUCCAAACACCGCGAGAUCUUCCUGAGCGACGGCAGCAGGGAUGCACCUCGGCCAUCUGCUCCACAGCCAACAAAGAGGAUCAAUGUCUCUGAGGACAUUCGCCAUCCUGGAAGCUACGGAGGCUCCCCGCUGCCCACACCGCAGUGGAGGGCAUCGGAUCAGCCACACGCACAGCAGAAUAAGAGGGCGAGUGUGGAGGAGAGGGCCAGCACCCUAGGCUCCACUCAGAAGAGUGCCAAUCAAAACAGCAGCCAAACAGGCCGACGGAUAUCAGACCCCAUUACUCAGCGAGUGCCAACGCAGGUGAGGGCGAUCUACGACUUCACUGCUGAGGAGGAUGAUGAGUUAGGCUUCAAGGCCGGCGAAAUUAUUGAGGUCCUAGACUGCAGUGACUCUUCCUGGUACAAGGGACGUUUGUGCGGCAAAGUGGGCCUGUUUCCAGCCAAUUACACAUUCCCUCAUGGAGAGACCAGAUGAGAGUCUUAUCGGAUGAGCACCUUACUAUGUUCCGGCUUCCCUCAGUGCCUUUGACAACAAAAAAAACACAUACAAACCUAUGCAUACAAACCUGAAGAUUGUUACCUUGUAUCUGUUAUUGAAAGAUUGAUGUGUAUGUGAAUUCAAGAUUUUACUCUUAAUGAAACUGAGAGAAAUGACAGGGAUUCUAAUGGGAAUCUUAAUAGUCCCAGCACUAAUUUCAGCCAAGUACAUAUGUAUUUGCCUUUCUUUUGCGCUAUUUGAUGGGACAUUUUACUGUAUGGGCUCAUUGAAAUGAAUGGAAAGAGAUAUAUUUUGAAAGUUGUCAUGGCAUUUCUAAUAUGUAAUAAAAAAUAAAGCAAAA